AUGACCUUGGGGGUGCGGGUUUGGACCUCCGCGGUGAGGUGGGAGAAACUUCUUGGGUCCAAGGCAGGCAACAUGGAGACCAAAGUGGAAGUCGAAGGGUCUGCUCGUAUUGCGCAAGCCGCCUCCUCCCACGCGCAGCCUCCGCCUCCGCCUCACGCAGCACCUCCGCGGCUCCACCUCCCGCCGGCCGCAGCCGCCGGCCGCAGGCUCCCUCGGUCCCUCCAGCCGGCCACAGUCCGCCUCCCGCCGACCGCAGGCUCCCUCCCCCCGGCCGCAGGCUGCCUCCGCCUCCGCCUCACGCAGCACCUCCGCGGCUCCACCUCCCGCCGGCCGCAGCUGCCGGCCGCAGGCUCCCUCGGUCCCUCCAGCCGGCCACAGUCCGCCUCCGGCCGGCCGCAGGCUCCCUCCCCCUGGCCGCAGGCUGCCUCCGCGGCUCCGCCCUCGCCCGGCAACAAGGAGCCCCUGCUCAGGUGA